CGCGCGCUGCGCGGGGAGCAUCCUGGGAGCGGAAGGAAGCGGCCCUGCCAGCCGCGGAGCCGGUGCUUGGCGGCUCGCGUGGCGCGGAGCGUGUUUGGUGUUGAAAGCCUCCGGUUGCUGGGACUGUCGUUUCUGCGCGGAGGUCGGAAGUGCCGGGGAUCGCCGCGUCGCUGAGAGAGGGACACCGGACGGCGUGAGAGCCAUGGUGAAGAGAUCCCGGCGGCGUGGGGCGGCCCAGUGGGCAGCUGUGCGGGCCAAGGCAGGUCGCCCCGCCGCGGACGGAAAUGAGGAGGAUUUAGAGUCGCCGCCCUCUCCAGGGGACUCCAGCUACUACCAAGAUCAGGUAGACGAGUUCCAUGAGGCGCGAUCUCGGGCAGCCUUGGCUAAAGGCUGGAACGAAGUCGACAGCGGGGAGGAGGACGGUGAUGAGGAGGAAGAGGUGCUAGCCCUAGAUAUUGAUGAUGAAGACGGGGAAGAUGGAGAGAGUUCGGAGGACGAGGAGGAUGGCGAGGACAGUGACGAUAAUGACGAUGAUGGUGGGAGCUCUGUGCAGAGUGAGGCUGAGGCCUCUGUGGAUCCCAGCUUGUCCUGGGGUCAGAGGAAAAAGCUUUAUUAUGACACAGACUAUGGUUCCAAAUCCCGACGCCGUCAGAGUCAGCAAGAAGUAGAAGAGGAGGAAAGAGAGGAAGAGGAGGAGGCACAGGUCAUUCAGCGGCGCCUGGCCCAGGCCCUGCAAGAGGAUGAUUUUGGAGUCGCUUGGGUGGAGGCCUUUGCAAAACCAGUGCCCCAGGUAGAUGAAGCUGAGACUCGGGUCGUGAAGGAUUUGGCUAAAGUCUCGGUGAAAGAGAAGCUGAAAAUGUUGAGAAAAGAAUCACCAGAGCUCUUGGAGCUGAUAGAAGACCUCAAGGUCAAGUUGACAGAGAUGAAAGAUGAGUUAGAGCCGUUGUUACAGUUGGUGGAGAAAGGAGUCAUUCCCCCUGGAAAAGGAAGCCAGUACCUGAGGACCAAGUAUAACCUCUACUUGAACUACUGCGCCAACAUCAGCUUUUAUUUGAUCUUAAAAGCCAGGAGAGUUCCUGCACACGGACAUCCUGUUAUAGAAAGGCUUGUCACUUACAGAAAUCUGAUCAACGAGCUGUCCGUUGUGGAUCAGAAACUGUCCUCCGAAAUCCGUCACCUACUCACAGCCAAGGAUGGUGCUGUAAAGAAAGAACUGAAUCCAAAAGCAAAAUUAACCAAAACCAAGCCGAAGCCCGUUUCAGAGACGGCUGCUGCUGCUGCUGCUGAUCUGCCUGAUGACCCUGAUCUUGAUGAAGCGGCACUAAAAUACUCUAAGGAAAUGGAAGACCGGCAAAAGUUGAAAAGAAAGAAAGAAGAAAAUAAUGCUGAAGAACAGGCUCUCGAAGAGCAGAAUGCAAAGAGAGCUAUUACCUACCAGAUUGCUAAAAACAGGGGACUUACGCCUAGGAGGAAGAAGAUUGAUAGGAACCCCCGAGUCAAACAUAGGGAAAAGUUCAGAAGAGCCAAAAUUCGAAGGCGAGGUCAGGUUCGUGAAGUUCGCAGAGAAGAACAGCGCUAUAGUGGUGAACUGUCUGGCAUUCGUGCCGGAGUUAAAAAGAGCAUUAAGCUUAAGUAAAGUUACUCUUUGGCCUAGUUUUUGGCAUUAUUUUAGCUCAAUAAAAGUAUUUUGAACUAAAGUGA